AUUUCCAGUUUUAUGACUGGUGCAUCAUCCAAUGAUAAAACAAGACCAGCAAAUUAUAAUUAUAAGUAUAGGUAUAGACAUCGCGAAGGCAUGUAUUGCGAUCGUGUGCAACAAGUUGACGAUGCGGCUUUUGGAAGGGAGGUCGAUCUUUUGUUUUGAUUAUUGUGCGAAGUAUAAGAACUUGGUAGAACGAUAAAAAUGUGCUUGUAAAUUUAAAAAAUGCUGGUGACAAAAGCGUCGGUUUCUUCAUUUUUAAUCGCGUUACUGAUUUUAAUUUUAGGCAUAUACAUAAAUAGAUUCAAUUUAAAAGUUGCCGAAAUAACUGAAAGGUAUAAGUGUCCCGCUUGUUUUGGAGAUUCUAUGUGCCAAGUCAUUGACAGCAAUGAAAUCAGUUUUGAAUAUACGGAUUUUUAUUCGAUCUUCAAUAAUUUAUUCAGUGUCAAAAAUGUUUACUAUGGUAAAUAUAAAGAUAAAAAAGUGAUAAUGAAAAAAUUGGCUCAGGAGUCAGAGCUAAAAACGUUUGAUGAAAUGAUUUGUUCUGAUGAUGAAUUACAUGAGCUGUGUUACCAGAGUGAAUCAAGAAAACAAGAUUCAAAAACGAAUUUUUAUAAAUUAGUAGAAUCAGAGCUUGCAAAUGUUGGGGGUGAUAUAAACAAUAAAAUGAGACUAUGUCCAACAACAACAAAAUUAGAGAAACUGUUUGUAAAUGUGAAAUUUCAAAGUCAUGCAGAAAAUGAAGAUUACUUCAAAUAUCUGUGGAGCACAAUAAAAAUCAAUCCUGAACCUCUUAUUUUGCAGAUUCUACCUGCUAAAGAGGGUUGGCCUACUCCAAAAUAUUUUGGAGCUUGUGGAAGACUUAUAGUUGAAGAGUAUAUUGGUUUGCCACUGUCAUCAUUUAUUGAUGAGCCUUGGAUUAGAAGAGCAAAAAUAGCUUCUAGUCUUCUUCAAGCUGCUGACACACUGAUGUCAAAGAAUUCAGAAUUUGCAUUUUAUUUGACAGAUAUAUCCAUGGAUAAUAUAGCAGUGAACAAUGAAGAUAAAGCAAUAUUUGUAGAUUUGGAAAAUAUUAUUAUUGUUGAAAAAAAUCCUCCAGAAAAAGCUUUGGUAGGAAUUGAAUCAUGGAAUGAGACAUAUACCAAUGCAGUUGAUUUAGAUUGUCAAGAUUGCUUUGUAUUUUCUCCAAAUGACAUAUGCUCCCAUAAAGUUAGUGAUCAUAACUUUUAUGCCAUUUGUCAGCAUAUCCUUACACAAGCACUAGGUGCAGUCUUCCAUAAUCAAGGAUUUUUACAUGAUCCUCCUGAUUAUAUUUUACAAAAACAUCCAACUUUAAUAGAUUUACUAGAACAAUGUGCUAAGCCAGAUAUAGGCUAUUCAAGAAUUGACAUUGCGCACAAACUUAUAGUACUGUUGGAUUCAGUCAUUAAAAAUGCUUGAAUAUAAAAAAGAUAUUUUAUGUACAAUAUGUUUGCUAUAAAGUUUUUACAAUAUAGAAAUAAUAGAUUUGACAUGAUCAUUUUAAUAUUAUGAUUCUAAUUUUGCCAAUUUAGCCAUCAACUCUUCUAUCUUAUUUUUCUGUUCUUCUAUUAUUUGAUCUUUUACAAGAAUGUCUUUUCUUAAUACUUCAUUUUCAUUUUGCAAUUUGCUAUUUUCAUUUUCUAAUUUUGUUAUUGUCAAAUCUUUAUCUAAUUUUAAGUCAUCUAAAAGUUCAUUUGCCGAAGGUCGCCCUAUUGGAUUUGUUUGAAUUAACUGACUUAUUGUUUGAGCCUAAAAUUAUGAACAGAAAUAAAUUAUAAAAAUAUUCUAUAAUUAGAACUUUUUGCAUUUUUUACACUAAAAAUAAUAAAUUUUUACCCAUUUGGGAUGUGAUCCAGCAAGUGCUGUAGGAUUUUCACCAGCUUUUAAACUAUUAACUAUUCGAAUACAUUCCAUAGAUGUUUGCAUAGGAAUAAGUAAUUCUAAAAGAACUAUUCCCAAACUAUAAAUAUCACUCUGAAAAUAUAAUGUUUUGUAUUAUAUUAUAAUAAAAGACAUUGCAGCAUAA